UCUCUGGGCCGGCUGGACCCCAGUUCCUGGCUCUGUCCUCCGCGAGCACGCAAAGCCCCGGUGCACCGGGUAUGCAGUCUGCACUGGUUAUGGUGCCUGGGCAGCGGCGCCGGGCGGGGCAGCGGCGAGAACUUCCCGACCUUUCCUGGGGGGAGCCUCGCUCUCCCCGCCUCCAGCCACUGCCUGGAGGGCGCGGAGGGCGGGCGGGUCCCUAGCAGAGGCCUUGAGCCCCAGAAGGGAUCGGCCGUUUUUGCUGCGCCAACGCAGUGGCGGAAGGCUCCGCUCACCCCUGGCCUGAUCCCACCUGAAGAUGUCUUCGCUGGUCACCUUGGUGUCUGGGUCCCGUGCCCGGCUCUUUGCCUGCCUCCUCAGGCUGGGCUCUCAGCAGGCCGGCCCCCUUCAGCUGCACACGGGGGCCAGCUGCGCAGCCAAGAACCACUACGAGGUGCUGGUGCUGGGCGGGGGCAGCGGUGGGAUCAGCAUGGCCGCCCGCAUGAAGAGGAAGGUGGGUGCAGAGAACGUGGCUAUUGUUGAGCCCAGCGAGAGACAUUUUUAUCAGCCAAUCUGGACGCUGGUGGGUGCUGGUGCCAAACAGUUGUCCUCAUCUGGUCGUCCCACAGCGAGUGUGAUUCCAUCUGGCGUGGAAUGGAUCAAAGCUAGAGUGGUUGAGCUGAACCCAGACAAAGACUGCAUCCGCACAGACAAUGGCAAUGAGAUCUCCUACAAAUAUCUUAUUAUUGCUCUUGGAAUCCAGGUGGACUAUGAGAAGAUUAAAGGCCUACCUGAAGGUUUUGCGCAUCCCAAAAUAGGAUCUAAUUAUUCAGUGAAGACUGUAGAGAAGACGUGGAAAGCUCUGCAGGACUUCAAGGAGGGCAAUGCCGUCUUUACCUUCCCAAAUACUCCGGUGAAGUGUGCUGGAGCCCCCCAGAAGAUCAUGUAUUUAGCGGAAGCCUAUUUCAGGAAGGUGGGGAAGCGAUCCAAGGCCAAUAUCAUUUUCAACACUUCUCUUGGAGGAAUUUUUGGGGUUAAGAAGUACGCAGAUGCCCUGCUGGAGAUCAUCAAGGAGAGGAACAUCACUGUUAACUACAAGCAAAAUCUCAUUGAAGUCCGAGCUGAUAAACAAGAGGCUGUUUUUGAGAACCUGGAUAAACCUGGAGAGACCCACGUGAUUUCAUAUGGAAUGCUUCAUGUCACACCACCAAUGAGUCCACCAGAUGUCCUCAAGACCAGUCCUGUAGCUGAUGCUGGUGGCUGGGUGGAUGUGGAUAAAGAAACCCUGCAGCACAAGAGGUACCCAAAUGUGUUUGGGAUUGGGGACUGCACCAACCUGCCUACGUCAAAGACCGCUGCUGCAGUAGCUGCUCAGUCAGGGAUACUUGAUAAAACAAUUUCUCUGAUUAUGAAGAAUCAAACACCAAAGAAUAAGUAUAAUGGUUACACAUCGUGUCCACUGGUGACCAGCUACAACCGCGUGAUUCUUGCGGAGUUUGACUACAACGCUCAGCCGCUAGAAACCUUCCCCUUUGAUCAGAGCAAAGAGCGACUUACCAUGUACCUCAUGAAAGCUGACCUGAUGCCUUUCCUGUACUGGAAUAUGAUGCUAAGGGGUUACUGGGGAGGACCAGCCUUUCUGCGGAAGUUGUUUCAUCUGGGUAUGAGUUAAGGAUGGCUCAGCCCUUGCUCACCUUGGAUGGCUUCUGGAUCAAAAUUACCAUUACCGAUUGACCAAGAGCAGCACAAAGGACUUGGAGCCUAACCCUAUGAAGAGUUUCUUGCUGGAUAAUGGUGACCAAAUGCCUCUGUUUUCAGUGCCUUUGACCAGCCACUGUGUGGGCUGCCUAGGAUGGGUUGAUUCUUUGGAAAUAGUCAAAUGAAAGAAUAGACUUCUAUUUUCUCAAUAAAAGUUUGUCA